AUGGCCUUCCUACACGCGCACUCCUGCGAGGGCAUGAAGUCGGAGCUCGAGUUCUUUACACUACCACCGACGCAGAUUACUAUAGAGAGCGUUCAGUGGGUGCACUAUACACCCAUCUCGUCGUUGGCCGACGACUCGCCCAUUAAGUUAUUCGUGCCGGGUAACGGCGACGAAUACCUCGAUCUAGCCCACACCAUGCUGAGUUUACGCGUACAGCUGCGAUUCAAGGACACGUUAGCGCCGGACGUUCUGAGUAAAGCGGCUCCAGUUAACAAUCUGCUACACUCACUGUUCAAUCAGGUAGACGUGUUUCUUAAUCAGAAACUCGUAUCGCCGCCUAAUAACGCUUACGCUUAUAGGGCUUAUAUAGAGACGCUAUUAAAUUACGGGCCUGCCGCUAAGAGGUCACAUCUCUCGAGCAUGCUCCGGUACGACGACACGCCUGGUCAUAUGGACCAUACAGCGGGCAAGAAUACAAAUCUCGCCAAUAGCCUGGCAUUCGUCGGUAGAGACAGGGCGAUCGAUCUGAUCGGUCAUUUACACUGCGAUGUAUUUAACCAAGAAACAUUUUUAUUAAAUGGAGUCGAACUCCGUUUACAGCUCGUACGCACAAGAGACGGCUUCUCACUCAUGGACCCCAAGAGCGAGUGUUCUUUACAUAUUACGGAGGCCACGCUCCUCGUUAGAUGCGCCAAAAUGAGCCCCGGUAUUCUUCUAGCGCAUUCUAGAAUGCUGUCUAAGACAACGGCAAAGUAUCCGCUUACGGGUGUGGAGGUCAAGGCAUUGACGCUGCACGCCGGCUUGCACGGUAGCACGAUGGAUAACGUGAUUUUCAGCCAAUUACCUAAGCGAAUUAUAAUAGUUUUCGUCGAUAACAAGGCCUUCAACGGCAACUAUCAGCUCAAUCCGUUCAAGUUUAAAAACUAUUGUAUUAGUUUCUGA